AUGCCGCCACGAAAAAUCAAAAAAGAUCCAAAGGCGGUAAAAAUCGGCGAGUCGAUCGAAGAGCCACGUGAGUUUUGAGCACUUUUUCGCCGGAAAAACACGAUUUUCUUUCAGUGAUGAGGAAACUCGGUGAAAUGCAAGACCAAUUACGAGAAAUCGCGGUCAGCACCAACAAUAUCGACGUCGAACGGAUCCUGGCCUUGAUUCCGAAGGUUUUUAGCGAAAUUUAUCUUUGAAAUGCAAAAUUGUCUAAUUUAGGAGCUGCGGAAGAUGAACUUUCUGGAAUUCAUGAAUGGACCGCCCAGAACUCUGUUCCCAGUCAAAGAUGAAAUUGAAACGGAGAAAGGGGAGGAGGAGGAGGGAGAGGAAGAAGAAGAAGAAGAACAAACCCAGUCGGCCGAGGUUUUGGAGGUGGAAGAGGAGCACGAACCGGCAAAUGAAAGCGCGAGCAAAGAGCAGGAGCAGCAGAUUGAGGAUGAGAUGGAAAUCGACGACGCCGCCCGCGAGACGAGCAUUCCGAUCGCGCCCUCGGAACACAAUUCGUAAGUUCUAACGAUCCGAACCCUCAAGAAUCUACCGAUUUCAGCUUCAGAAACACAGCGACGGAUGCGAUGCGCCACGAGCUGAUAACGCCGGCCGGACACGUGCUCGCGGUGCCGCAGACGAUACAUCCGAAGAUCGACGGACCCGCGGCGAAAGCGUUUCGGCUGCCGUACUCGAACGAGGAGAUCGCCUUCUCGCUGAACGGAUCGCCGAUGGUUCUGCAGGGAAAGAAGGCGCUGAGCCAGGACGAGAAGCGACGGGAGGCUGCGCGCCAGGGACUGUUGGAGCCGAAAAUCGAGGACGAAGAGAAUAUCGGCACGUCCGUCUAA